GUCUAUAAGGACAUGGUUGUUUGUUCACCCCUUUCUCUCCCACACACACACACACACACACACACACACACAUCCACCCACAUCAGUCUGGACAGAAAACGUGGGACGAGUUUACAAGUCUACCCAGGAGACCAAGAUUAUUCACCUUAUCUCUAUAUUCGUCCUAGAGGAGAAGGUUUGAUCUCGACUAAUGGCUGUCUCAGAGAUGUCCGUGCUCGGGACUCGGUAUGUUAGGUCUCUAAUCCUUUGCAUCUUGCUGCUACCUCGCUGUGGUCAAACGAGUCCAAUCCCUUCCCUUGACGAGGCAUUUUCAGGAGGUCUUGGAGCGGUGGAUGCAUCUACGCUGGACCGGGAUGAUAAUGUAGAUGUUCAGGCACUUCUAGGCCAGUUCCUCAACGUGUUAAAUUUAACAGCGCACGAGCCGAAGCCGAGGCCCCGGGCUGCCCGUAUCGAGCCACCGGAGUACAUGCUGGAAAUGUACAACCACUACACUAAGGAUCGCAGCACCAGACCUGCAGCAAAUAUUGCACGGAGUUUCAAGAAUGAGGACUCCUCCCCCUGUAGCGUGACAAGAAGAGGUGUGAUUAUGUACCCUCUCAUGUUCAAUAUCUCAGUCCCACGUCAGGAGCGCAUUAUUGCCGCCGAGCUCCGCCUCUACAUGCUGGUACAUCGAGAUCCUCAGCGCGACAAUGGUGUUGACUGGAAGGUAACCGUUUUUGAGAGGCAAGUGGAAGGCGGUCCUUCGUUUCGGCGUUCUGAGGGUGAAACCGUGGAGACCAAUUUGACCAGUAUGCAGGAGAUUGUGGUAAGGCAUGGCCAGGUCAAAGAGAGCGGAUGGGAGGUGUUCGAUCUGACUGACGCUGUUCUGCGCUGGCGAGACCUGGAACGCACGAGCCAGUGGCUUGAGCUGCAGGUGGAAAGUGAGAAUGACAGUGAGCUACAGGAUGAAGACAAGAGUGCUAUUUUUAUCAGCCUGGACAUUGAAAGGAGCGUGGGAGGAAAGCACGAACCAGUCCUGAUUGUCUUCUCAGAUAACGAAAGUGAUAAGGACCAGUCAAAGAAGACAACAGAAGACAACACCGGCCUGUUAGAGCUCAGUGAACUGUUGCUGGAUGAAAACGACGACAGCGGCAAACAACAAAACGAGGCCCUUUUAAUGCAAAUGCGCUCCAACAUGAUCUACGACAGUGCGCCGCGAACCCGCCGCAACGCCAAAGGAAGCCAAUGCAAGAGGACUGCACUCUAUGUGGAUUUUAAAGAGAUAGGCUGGGACUCGUGGAUUGUUGCACCACCAGGCUUCGAGGCCUACACAUGUCACGGGGUGUGCAAUUAUCCAUUACUUCCACAAGUGACACCCACCAAGCAUGCCAUUAUCCAAACACUGGUCAAUUUGAAAAGCCCUCAGAAGGUCUCACAAGCAUGUUGCGUGCCCACUAAGCUGGAACCGAUAUCUCUGCUGUACGAAAAUGAGAACGGCCAUGUCAUUUUCCAGCACAAAUACGAAGGCAUGGUGGUGGCCGAGUGCGGCUGCAGAUGAGAUCGUUAAGCUCUCAUAAACUCUCUCCACAAUUGGCUGACAACCCAAAUAGACAACAUUGAGAGGCCCGAUCAGAUGAUAAAUAUGAACAGAUAAAUGCACCGUGAUCAACAAUGAUGUUGCCUUUGUGUGAUAAUUAACAACUUAUCUAGCGACUCUUUGUAGAGGUAUUUAAAAAAAAAAAAAUGUAUUGUGAGUAGCAUGCUGCUAUGUGAAAUAUACAGACACUGUAACCUGGCAUGGAAUUGAUGAACAUCAUGGAGCAAAAGAGACAUUAAUGAAAUUUCACUUAAUAUGUACCUGCUAUUUAUAACGUAGACUAGUGCUUUUUUUAUUGUAUAAAAUUAUUUGCUGCAGUCUAGAAUAUAGUGCUUUCAAACCCAUUUCAUAAUUAUAAUAAAGAGAAAAAUAACCUUGGUUUAAAACUCAAGACACCAUCAUUUUCCUGGACUAGUAAGGCGUAAAACACUUGGGAUGUACUGUUAUAGGAAAAUAACCAACGAUUGGCUGGUGUGAUGACAGGCGGGGGUGCGGUUAGUACCACAAAGCGGAUUAUUGUCCUAUAACAGCAAGUCCUGAAGUGUUUUAUUCCUCUUAUACCACAACAAUGAUCAUUUAUUUAUUAAGCAAUGACACAACAUACUCUUUAUCCAUUUAUAGUUACAUUUAAAGCUUGCAGGUUCUCAACGUGCUUCGGGGGUUUCCUCCGGGUCUGCUGGUUUCCCUCAAUCCAAACACACGUUUUGUAAGCUAAUCGGCAUUCCCAAAUUGUCCGUCGUGUGUGAAUGGGUGUGUGAUGGGUUGGCACCUGUCCCUGGUGUCCCCUGCCUUGUGCUCCGAGUUCCACGGGAUAGGCUCCAGGCUCCCCACAACCCUGUGUAGGGAUAAGCGGUACGGAAAAUGGACGGAUGGAUGGAUUAAUGUUGUGGGACAUCCACAAAAAAAAAGGUUAGUUCUUGUUAUCGCUUAUGUUAUAGAAGCUACAAAUAGUUCCCUCUGUUUCUCUUGAAGUUAAUAAAACAAACAAACAAACAAAGGAAGACUUUUCCAUGUCAGACAAACCUAAAGUUACAGCUUUACCUCUGACUGUUACAAAGUUCUGGCACUGGAGAGUCCUUCCAUCAAUGUUACAGUACAUAAACGUUGAUUAAUUUUCUAUAGCAACAACUUGAACAGUAGAGGUUGGCUGUCAUUCAAAUGAAAGAUGUGUAUUAAUUGAGGACAAAGGCAUUGCAGUUUCUCAGUUACAUAAAGAGAGAGAGCGAGAGAGAGCGAGAGAGUGAGAGAAAGUAUAGUAUAUAUGCUGUAUAUAUAUAUGCUGGAAAUAAUCAACUUCAGGGUGGUAAAAGGAGCUCAGCUUCACAUCACAGCACUUUGUCAUUGAUUAUUUUCCUGGGACAGCACAUCUCCGAGUGUUUCGUCUAAUUGUUAUCGAUUCCAAUUUUGUGGUAUUAGGAAAAUUGUUCAAAGCAAAAAGGUUGAGACAUGCUCGAUAUUAGGCCUGAAAUUCUAUAUGAUCUUUCUAAUCGUUGACUUGCGUUACACCAUUUCAUUCUCUUUACAGGACAAAAUGACCUGCCUGUUAUUGUAACACUUAUAACAAUGAGUGUACCUGCAAGUGUAACUUGACGUUUAAGUUCUUGCUUGUUCCUCUGAUUGAUUGACCAUAAUCUACCCAAGCUGUCCAUAGUCACGAAGCGCCACAUGCCAUGCGAGCCUCUGCCACACUCUCUUCCACAUGGCUGUGAUAACGAGGUGUCAGAGCUGGGAAGCUUGCACGCCAUCACUCAAGAUGAUGAUCUCAACCCAAGUGGGGUCCAGCCAUGGCACAUAGCCGCCGGAUUCCAGUGUGUUUUCGGCUCGUGUUCACACCUAUGACCACUUCCUCCCCAUAAAUCUCCUUCUCUGUCCUCCAAUGAGUUACCCAGCACCCUCAUGCCAAACUAAAGAAGCAUUUAUUUAAAUAAGACUGAUAAGGUUGAUCCAAUGUUCUGACCCUUUGUCUUUCCCUGAGUGUAUCUCUAUUCAAAUGUGGUGGUAUUGUUAUGCAAAAACACAAAUUAAGGCCAUUCAUCCCUCAUAAUUGAAGGAUUUUUUUUUUGUCAUCCGGCAAGGCCAUUCAACAUUUAAUGCUUUGAGGUUUGAAGGCUCAAUCUGGUUAAAUAAAAAAAUGUUUUAACCCAUUUAUUUUUAAUCUUAGAUUAUAUGGAGCAUCUACUGUACAAGUCUCUGGUAAUGAGUUGUUGCUAUGAAAACAUUGACGUAUGAGAGA